AUGGACAGCAGCACAGUGUUGUUCUUGGACGAGCUCGAGGAUAUGAAAGACCACUGCCGGAUGGAGGAAGGCCGCGAUAGUCACAUUUAUCACGAGCUUGAUCAACUGCUCAGGAAAGGCCUUCGAUCGCUCAUAGUUGAAAGACGUCCGCAGAGUGAUACAGGCACUCAGGGCUCCGGAGAUCAGGUUCUCCAGCCCCUGUCUCGCAUUGUGCCUUCGGUGUUCAGCUUAGGCUACCGUGAUGCCAUGAACCAGCGAUCCCAACUAAUUCCGUCCAUCGCGAAGUCCCUAGCUUCAGUGCUGAAGACGACGAGGAACCCGACUUUGCAAAGCAGAAUCAACGACCUCCAAGCUUCGCAUAAUCCUCGAACAGAAGCGUCUCAAGCACCAGGGUCGAGCGACUUUAGAGCAGCAAUACAGACUGCCCUCUGGAAGAUCGCCCAGAAGCAACUAUAUGAUUCCCGGUCUUCGCGGAAAUUGAGCGUAUCAGAUGACGUGACCACUUCCGCCGAUGAUUACAGAGCUGAAGAGGAUCUUUUGUCGGAAGUAGGCAUGGACAACUUUCACGAUGAUCUGAACAGUGAAAAUCACGAGAUAUACGAUUCCGAUUGUUAUUUGGGAAGCAAUUCCGAGGAUCUCGAAUUCAUGGAGGAAGAUGAAACGAAUUCUGUUUUAUCCUUCGAAGGAAAUUAUUCACACCAUUCGAUUGAUAUGCUGGGACAUGACGAUCCAGAACUUGAUCAAAUUUGGGAAGACCAGACAAUACUUGACCAUACACAGAACAGAACCGCAAUAUCCGUGCCCAAUCUUUCAGAGCAACUCUCCUGCAACCUUUCCAUAAGUGAUGGCGAGAUGCUGGCAUCUGACUGCUUCGAAGACGAGCCUACGAGCCCACCAAUUCUUCCUUAUAGUCCUAGCUUAUCCGGGACUUGUGAGGCUCCCGUUGAGCACUGCGACUUGACGCUGUGUGACCACAACUGGAUUCUAUAAUUUGUAAUAAUAGGCAAUCGAGUUGCAGGAUAUGUAUCCGCAUGGGUGAC